AUGCCAAAUUCAGAAAGCAAAAACAAGAUUAUCCCAAAAAAACGAGGGCCAUCUUUUGAAUUAUUUUGUCAUAAAAAAACUUAUUGAUUGAAACACCUCUCACAUAGUUGAUAGCAUAAAACACACCUCAUAGUAAUAGUCAAUAGUAUUGUGUCCACCAAUUUAACAUGACAUUGACAUCCACAUGCUCUCUCAAUCAAAACACAAAUUAAUUAGCCACACUUUUUUCUCCUUUUUCUUUUCUUUUCUUUUUGGCACCUCUUGCCACUAUAUAUAUUGAUACACACAAAGAAGCACAAGAAAUACAUUUUGUGCUACAUUUUGGCAAUGGAUCCCAACAAUCUAGAGGAGUGCUGGUUCUUCGGCAACCUUCUUGAGACGAAAUCGAAAUCGAUAAUGGUUCGAAGCUUGUCGGAUCCGUGCUCGUCGUCGUCGGAAAAAUCGUACGAGGAGACUUAUGAAACCAUCAAGAAAUUAGAAUCACGAAGAAGAAGUUCGAAUAGAAAAAGCUCGUCGAAGAAGAAGAGCGGCUUGGCCCGCGCCCCCUCCCUUCCGACGAGCUUAGAGAGUCGAGAUGAUGAUGAUGAUGAAGUCGAAUUUUCCAUGGGAAAAUUGAUUAGACAAGCUUCUCUCAACACUCGCCUUCCUCCUCCUCCUUCACAAAUUGCUUCUAAUAAGGCAAGCGCGAGCCUAAACUGUUUGGAAGUUGAAGAGGUGCAGCAAGGUUUGAAGGAUUUGGGAUCGAUCGAGAAAGAGUUUGAUGUGGUUGAGAGGAGAGCUCCGCCGGUGCCACGGUGGGGCGGGAAGAGAGCGCCGGAUGAGAUGAAGGCGCAGAUCAAGUUUUGGGCACGGGCGGUGGCCUCUAACGUGCGCCAGGAGUGUUAAUUUCACACACCAUAGGAUUCCUAAAUUCCAAUCAUUUUGGCCUCUAUUGCUUUUAACAUCACCAACACAACAACAUCAUUCUUUUUCGGAUUUUGUAAACCAAAUAAUGCUCUUUCUUUCAAUUUUUUCUUGUAAUAUAGAUUUCCGAUCUCAAAAUUUGUUGGGAUUCAACUGAAAUAUCAAGAAAAUUCAUGUCA